UCAAACCUUUUCACGGGCGAUAUUAUUCAUCGAUUGUUAUAAUUAACUGUAGUUUUGUUUCACUAUUAUUACACAAUAUGAAAAAACAAAGGAUAGAAGAACUAUCGAACAUGUCGACUAAGGCCGAUAUUGCGUGCGAUUGUCGAACGACUUCAGGACAUAUCGUGAGAUGCUCAAACCAAAGCUCAAACCACGCAACUUGUGGGUCUGUCAAAAAAUUUCGAUAAUUGCUCGACGUGUAUUUAUCGCAAACGGAUUCGUGACACUGCCUCAUUUCACUUAGAAAUCGUCAUGCUUUCGUCGCGGAGAUUUUUACGCUUCACGAUGAGGUAUUUGCACGAUUGUAAACGCGGCAAAAUUGGCAGCGAAAGUUGUUUGAGGUUAAGACAGACCGGGUACAGCCGCUCGUGGCGGAGCGUUCAAACUGCGAGUAUCUCGUCGCCGAGCACGCAAACUGACAAUGUGAACGCAGAGGAAGUCGACACCGAAUCGGGGGUGCCAGACGAGGUGAGACAGAAGCUGCUGCUCUGCGAGUAUCUAGACUAUGAGAAAAUAGCAGUUGGUCACAAAAAACUGGUGGCCCUCAAUAAGAGUAGGGCGAUGCGAGCGAAGACUCAGCAUCUUAAGAGUAUAGCAGAGGCCCCGGUAUACAGCGUUGUGGUGGACCAGCUUCGACCGAGAGAGGUUGAAAAACCCUUGGAAAAUUUUGUCGACGAAGAAAACAAAGCUACGACAUCCAUUCCGGUUCACAUGCCUUACUCCGGUACAAACAAAUACAAUCCGGUUGAAACGGAUGUGGAAAAAGAUCCACAAGUACAACACAACGGUUUGAACGUGGAGUACAAAGAACUGUACGAAAAAUACAUGGAAGCGAGAAAGGCACAAUCGUCAGACUCGGUCGAGGACUCCGAAACUUUGGACGAGGAAACUGAGACUAAGUCUACGUUUCAGCUCGCUGACAACUUGGCUAGAAUUCCACCCGAAUGGAUGACGGAUUAUGAGGAGUUUGACGACGGCCAGGAAGACGAAAACUGGCAAUUAAACUACGGGACUCCAAAUCCAAACUCCGAAGUUAGUUCAGUACCAUGCGGUGGCUGCGGUGCGUUGCUGCAUUGCAAGGAUUCGGCCAUCCCGGGUUAUCUGCCAUCGGAAAUAUUUUUAGCGACGAAAACACAGAAUUUGAAAUCUCUCACUUGCCAACGAUGUCAUUUCAUGACGCACUACAAUACUUCCCUCGCCGUUAAUGUUACUCCUGAGGAGUAUCCAAGACUGUUAUCAUCUAUUAAGAACAAGCGUGCUGCUGUCAUCUUGAUGGUUGACCUGAUGGACUUCCCGUGUAGCAUUUGGCCCGAUAUAUUGUCUAUCAUUGGCACCAAGAGACCAGUCUUUGUUGUCGGCAAUAAGGUUGAUCUUCUACCCCGAGACACAAAGAAGUUUAUCCCAAAUCUUAUCGAAUCCUUGUCAAAAGCUAUUGUCGAAACUGGGGUACACGAGGCAAACAUUAAACACGUUUCCGUAAUAUCUGCAAAAACUGGCUAUGGCGUUGAAGAACUUAUCAAUCAAUUGCACAAGAUUUGGGAAUACAAAGGUCAUGUUUAUUUGAUUGGAUGCACAAAUUCUGGAAAGUCGACGUUAUUCAACAUGUUGCUGCAGUCCGACUACUGCAAGUCAAAGGCCGUUGAUCUUAUCCAAAGAGCGACCAUAUCUCCGUGGCCUGGAACAACUUUGAAUCUAUUGAAAUUUCCAAUUUUAAGACCAUCUGCGUAUCGCCUUAGUUUGAGAGCACAAAGAUUAAAGCGUGAGAAUGAAAUCCACCUUUUGGAGGAGAAUCUUAGAAGUACACGACUUCGUGAAACGGGAGAUGUGAAGUAUGCACAGUUAAUUGGACAUAUGGGCAGAACUUUUUCUAACAAUGACACAGACGAUGAAGACGCCUCGAAUAUGGGUGUUGAGAAGAAAAGAUUGGGUGUAAACAUAGACAAACGAGAUUACAAACAUUCACACUGGUGUUUUGACACACCAGGCACGAUACAACCUGAUCAGUUAUUGCAUUUGCUAACCACCGAUGAACUGAUGGCUACUUUGCCAAAGAAAAUGAUUAUUCCGAGGACAUAUAUAAUUAAACCAAAAUACACCAUGUUUUUGGGUGGAUUAGGAAGACUGGAUUAUUUCGAUGGUGAUUCAUUCAUCAGGAUCACGGUAUUCGCGAGUGAGAAGCUACCGGUGACUAUGUGCCGUCUUGAAGAUGCAGAUCACAUUUACGAUCAAUUAUUGUCCACAAAAGCUUUUGUUGUACCUUCGAAUGAUCCUGAGCGUCUGAAACAGUGGCCUCACUUGGAAGGAAAAGAUUUUGAAAUUACCGGAGUUGGAUGGGACACGUCUGCGGCUGAUGUUAUACUUUCAAGUGCAGGUUGGGUCGCUAUUACUCCUGGACCAGAAAAGACGGCAAAUGUGAGAGGCUGGACACCAGAAGGGAGAGGAAUCCAUCUAAGAACUCCAGCUCUUCUGAAACAUUCAGUUAAGUUACGGGGCACAAAAAUCAGGGAUCUUCCAGUAUAUCGCCGUCAUAAACCAGUAUACACUGGAGGGUAACAA